UGUUCAAGAAUAUAAAGGGUCCCAAGCCUCCUCAUUUGUAUGCCUUGACAAACACCAUGUAUCAGAAUAUGAUGAUGGAACAUGAAAAUCAGUGUGUUAUCAUCAGUGGAGAGAGCGGGGCGGGUAAGACAGUUUCUGCAAAACACAUCAUGAACUUCAUUUCUAAAGCUUCUGGUAAAGGAUCAGCAAAAGUUGAGAAUAUCAAGGACAUCAUCAUUCAAUCCAAUCCCUUACUGGAAGCCUUUGGUAAUGCCAAGACCACGAGGAACAACAACUCAAGCAGAUUUGGUAAAUUUAUGGAAAUCCAAUUUAACUAUUCCGGUCAUCCCGAUGGAGGAAAGGUUUCAAACUUUCUACUAGAAAAGUCCCGUGUAGUGACUUUGAACCAGAAUGAGAGGAACUAUCAUGUCUUCUAUCAGUUACUUGCUGGCUGCGCAAAAGAAAAUCGAACUGAUGUCGGAAUAGAGGUCACCAAACCAGAGACUUAUUACUAUCUGAACCAGACUGGUGUUUACACAGUGGACGGCACUAACGACACUGAUGAUUACCAUGAUUUAAUAAAAGCCAUGACUGUGGUAGGAUUUGACCUGCAGACUCAAGGGACCAUUCUCAAACUGGUGUCGGCCAUCUUACAUCUCGGUAAUGUGCAGUUUAAAGAAGAAAGUAACGUGGCUGUACCUAUCAAUGACGACCUGUUAACCAUGCCCGCGAAACUGCUCAGUGUCAACAAGGAUUUACUCAAGGAGAAACUGGUUAGCACCGUAAUGGAAGCCAGAUGGGGAGGCAAAGUUGAAAUCACCAAGAAGACAAACAACGCUGAACAGGCUCAGUUUGCUCGUGAUGCUUUGGCGAAAGCACUAUAUUCACAGGUUUUUGAUUAUCUUGUUCGGAGUAUAAACGAGGCAAUGUCAAAAGAGAAAGACGAAAUGUCUAUUGGUGUACUUGAUAUCUAUGGCUUUGAGAUUUUUGAGAACAAUCAAUUUGAGCAGUUUGCCAUCAACUUUGUCAAUGAAAAGCUGCAGCAAAUAUUUAUUGAGCUUACACUUAAAACGGAACAGGAGGAAUAUGUACAAGAAGGAAUCCCAUGGCAGGAAGUCAAGUACUUUAACAACAAAACAGUCUGCGAACUUAUUGAGAGCAAGCGUCCCCCAGGUGUUAUGAGCACUCUUGAUGACGUCUGCAGUACAAUGCACGCAAAGACCGAAGGCUCGGAGAAAACUCUAAUGGAGAAACUUCGAGCAGUUGUGGCUUCAAAUAAAGACUUCAGUCGUUAUUUCAGAGCGCAGUCAAACUAUUUUACGAUCACCCACUACGCUGGAAAUGUGGAUUAUGAAGCCAAAGGAUUUUGUGAGAAAAACAAAGAUAUACUCUCAAACGAUAUGGUUGUAUUAAUGCGGUCUAGUGAGGAUGCAUUUGUUAAGGACCUGUUCCCUGUAGUUGCGAACCCUGAUAGCGGAGGUGGGCGUCGUGGUGGUGCGAAAUCAAAUACUGCUGGAGCAAAGAUUAAGUCCCAGGCGGCAGCUCUGAUCACCAAGAUUAUGUCAUGUACCCCUCAUUACGUUCGUUGUAUCAAACCCACUGAGUCCAAGAAACCGCUGGACUGGGACGACCAGAGAGUUCUUCAUCAGAUUCAAUACCUCGGUUUAAAAGAAAACAUUCGCGUCAGACGAGCCGGAUUUGCAUUUCGUCGUCAGUUUGAACUGGUCGUGCGCAGAUACGGUAUUGUUUCCCCUGAAGUGAACAACUGCUGGACUGGUGACCCAGCCGAAGGUUGUAAAUUAGUCAUGAGAGAUUCUGGCAUCGAUCCUUCUCGAUGGAAAAUUGGCAAAACAAAGUUGUUUCUCAAAGAACCAAAUACACUUAAUGAACUGGAGGAUAUAAAAAAUAAAAUCCUGGAGAAGUACUGUGUCAAAAUUCAAGGUGUUUAUCGGACCUACAGGCUGCGCAAAAGGUUUCUAAGGAUACGGAAAGGUGUUGUUGUGAUUCAGAAGUGUUAUCGUCGAUACAGGGACCGCCAUAUUCUCGGCAGGAUGAUUGCCAUUAAGAAAUUGUUAAAAGAGGUCGAUGUGCUUGGUGAUAAGAAGAAGAGAAGAGAUUCAUGGGAUAUGGGCUUCAAAGGAGACUACAUCGGUUUUCAGAACCAAAAACCUCUGCAGAAAAUCAUGGCGGAUACCAGGGUUGAGUUUGCGGCUGAAGUCAAUAAAUACAGCCGUGAUGGGAAGGAACAAGAUCGCCUCCUUAUUUUGACAACGAGUUGCUUAUACGUCAUUACUCAAACGAAUUCCUCUUUCACAGUUAGACGGAAGCUACCCAUGACUAACAUAAAUCAUGUAACAGUGAGCCCCAAUGACGACUCUUUCUUUGUACUUCAUGCCAAGGAAUAUGAUAACAUAUUUGAAUGUGGCAUGCUUCCUGAAGCUCUAAACAGAUUAGCUGUUGUGUAUCAACUGGAGAGAAACUCUGAGCUGCAACUUAAUGUGUCUGACAAGGUUGAUUUUCACAUAAAAGGAGGAGAUGUCCGCCAUGUUUGUUUCUUAGAAAAAGGCGAAUCGAAAUUAAAAACGUCACCGUCUAAAAAUACGUUUACUGUUGCUGCUGAUGUAGGUUCUUUAGUUGAAGAUGUCGAAAUUCCUGGAGUGCAAACUGAGAAAAUUCCAAGCAUUAGUAUGUCCGUUGACAAAGUCGAGCGGAAACUGAGUUCCACAUAUGGUGUCAAUGCUCCAGAUCCCAGCGCUUUCUCAGCUGUGGUUAAAGCAAUAUUCGGUCCGUCAGGGGGAAGCGUGAAAUGCAAAGAAGUACUUGUAGACCUUCCAGAAGGCUCCUUGACAUCAGAAACUAAAGAAGUUUGUAUUCAGCUGUGCAGAGACAAAAAGCAAGUUGUCCCACUUAGCGACGCGGAAAAGAUUGUCAGCCAUGUGGUGGAACUCAGCCCCCUUGGAAAGCCAUUGUGUAUGUUUGCUGAGCUUUGUCUACCUAUUGAAGAGAACGUUGAGGCGAGCCAUGCACAGUUUCUUCGUUGGACCCCAACACAAUCAGGAGAGAAAGCUAACUGGAGUGACGUCUUUGUUUGUGACAAGAAACACCGCUCUGAUGAGAGUCAAAUCGCUCUUGAAUUUAGCGAGGGCAAGGCAAGGGUGUUCACUAAACAUUUUGGAAUAUUUGGCAUAAUUGCUACCGAGGAACCCAAAGCACAUGAUACACCUACAUUGCUUCAACGAAUAGGAAACAUGUUUAAGAGAGGCGACACGCAAACACAUAUUUCUGACACUGAGGAUAGCUGUGCAACAUCCCCAUCAGCUGAUCCAGCUGUGACCCCGCCUCCUGUGUCCCCUGUAUCCUCUAUCCCACCUCCAAACCCAGGCCCUUCCGCCCCUGCUCCGCCCAAUCCGGACCCUCCCUCCACUGGCUCAGCGCCACCUCCUCCCCCUCCCCCUCCUAAACCUUCUUCAGUCUCGGCUCCAUCUUCUAAAACUUCAAAGGGAGAUAAAUCACUGGCUACUCAGUUGGCAGCACGCAAGAAAAAGAUGGAUUGUUGA